AUGGGAGUGUGCUGCGUCUCUGACCAUCAUCUAAGAGUGCCUAAACUCGGCCAACCAAUCGAAAACUCAGACAUUUCUGCAUGCACUCGUCUAGAAAGUAAUCUUCCAAACAGGUAUUAGGAAAUAUUAUGAGUUCGUAAAAAUAAUAGGCUAUGGACAGUUUGGAACUGUAAGGGAGGCUGUUAAAAUAAUUAAAAAUAACAACCGCUCUAUCUUCGACCGAAGCGAAAUGCUCAAAGGGAAGCAUUAUGCAAUUAAAUCAAUCAGUAAAGAAAAAAUAAAAAAAGGUUUGUGGAUGCUCAAAAGAGAACUAGAAAUCCUUCAGCUAGUGGACCAUCCCAAUAUAGUAAAACUUUAUGAAAUUUUUGAGGAUAGUAAAUAUAUACAUAUGGUCAUGGAACUCUGCACAGGAGGGGAUUUACUUGACUAUUUAAUUAGUAAAGGGACGCUUCUGGAAACAGAAGUAGCCCAAAUAAUGAAAAGCUUAUUAGGGGCAGUCAACCACCUGCAUAGCCUAAAAAUAUCACAUAGAGAUAUAAAACCUGAAAACUGCUUGCUGGUGAACUCAGAGCCCAACGCAGAAAUAAAGCUGGUAGAUUUUGGGAUGUCCAUUAAAUUUGGAGAUGACGCAAUGACUACUAUGGUGGGAACUCCAUAUUAUCUUGCCCCCGAAGUCCUCAAAUCAAAAUAUGGGAAAGAAUGUGACGUGUGGUCAUUUGGAGUGCUCAUGUAUUUACUAUUGUCAGGAAAGCAGCCUUUUAAAGGACUGGACAUAAACGAUUUAUUCCGAAAAAUCAUGAUUGCGGACUAUAAUUUUGACGACUCAGUAUGGCAAAAUAUAUCAGAGUCUGCCAAAGAUCUGAUCGCCAAAAUGUUUGUAUUGAACCCAGAGCUUAGAAUUACAAUCAGCCAAGCAUUGAAGCAUGAGUGGCUUAACUCUUUUUCAGCAGAUAUGAGUGCCCGGAUAAACCUUGAAGUAUUUAACUCAAUUAAAAGCUUUAAAACUCCAAGCAAGCUGUGAAGAGAAGCUAUGAAAGUGCUAGUCAGAAAUCUCUCAGAAGACCAGCUAGGGGAUCUGCACGCAGCUUUUGAUGAAAUUGAUAUAUCAAAGACAGGCUUUGUGACACCUCAAGAUAUUGUGCAGGCAAUGAAGAGAAACGGGUAUGAUGUAGCUGCGGAUGAGUUUGAUUUAAUUAUUAGGGGCAUGAGCUACCUAGGGAAGGGAAAAUUAAACUAUACACAGUUCUUGAUCGCUGCAAUGGAUAGGAGGAGGUUUUUGGAUGAGGAAAGCUUGUGAGCAAUUUUCCAGCAUUUUGAUAUUGAAAAUAAGGGACGUAUUACUGUUAAAAAUUUAAAAUAUGCGCUGCAAAAAGCAGGGUGUUUUAUAUCAGAUGAUGAUUUUAAUGAUAUUAUAGAGGAAUUCAAACUGCAGGUUAACGAGUAUAUGGAUUUCAGCCAAUUCAAAGAAAUUAUGACUUGUAAAAAUUAUUUAGGCUUUUCUGAACAGAUUACUGUUAAUAAUACGGAAGAUGAUGAAAGUGCAGUUUUCGAAAGACCACCCGCUAAGAGGUUGUCUCAAAGAAGGCUUACAAUUAGAAGAAAUAGCCAAGUCCUUGAAGAAAUGUCAGGUAUAACUCAUACUCAAAGCUAG